AUGUCUACUAAAAAGGAUAUGCGAAGGGCGGAUCUCGUCAUUCCUUAUGUCGAGCCCAAAGACGAGAAGCCCACCGAUUUCAGCUCGACUCUGACGAGUACGAUGCCUAUGGCAGCUAUGUUCACAAGAAAUAGGUUGCUCGGUUGGUUUUCUCUACUCACAGCUCUUCUGAAUUGGUUGGGCGAGACACCGGCCCAGAGGCAAAGUCCUAGUGGUACACCCGGGUAUAUGGCCUUUGGCAUGGCUGUGCUUGCCGUUGGCGUGACAUAUAUGCCCUUGUUUCUGCCGCCGCCGCCAAAUGCAAGGGCACCAGCAGCACCAGUGCCCGCUGCCUGA